AUGUGUGUAUUCGUUGAAACAAAACGUAAAAAACCAUGUCUAUUAUUUAAUGGCUAUCGAUAUGUACAAGAUAAACGUCAAAAUAGAACAACGUAUUGGCGAUGUGAACUUCGUGCAACAUGUAACGGUCGAGCUCAUCAAAUAGGACGAGAAAAUCCAAUUGAAACCAUAAAACAUAAUCAUAGAUACAAUGAAAAUCGAAAUCAUUAUGAAGAAUUUCGUUUAAAAAUAAAAAAACGUAUUUGUGAUGAACGUACAGCAGUACGAAAAAUAUUUCGAACUGAAAUUAUUAAAGCUCAAAAAUAUACACCAGAUUUAGUUGAUAGAUUACCAAAAUUUAAUCAAAUAAAAAGUUCUCUUUAUCAUACACGAAAUAAAAAUUAUCCAUCAGCAACAAAAUCAUUGACAAGUGAAUCAACAAUACUAAAUCCAUUAGUUCAAUCAAUCAAUGAUACUAACAACAACAUGUUAGUAUCAGCAUCAUCAGCCACCACCGUGGUGUCACCCGUCAAAUUCGAAGAUAGACGAUCAAUUGAUAAUAAUACUAAUAGUAAUAAUCGACCGUCUUAUUUAUCAGAAGUAAUAACAACAAGAACAAAUAAUUCAACCGAUUCACAAACGACUUCGUUAGAAAUGACAAAAUUAUUAUCAAAUAUUACGACUUGUACGAACAACAACAACAAUGAUAUUGAACAAGAUAAUUCCCUAUUUUCUAGUUUAAAAAAUAAUUUAUCAAAUGAAACAAUGGAUAAUCCAAGUUGUUUAAAUCAAUUUGGUUGGGAAGAUUUAGAUGGACGAUAUAUUCCCGUUUUAUUUAGAAAUGAAAAUGGUCGGCAAGAGCGGUAUACGUCAAAAAUUUAUGUUGAAAAUACAUUAUUUCAAAAUGAAUCAUGGCAAAGGCAUUCGAUAUUAGCCAAAUCACCUCUUCUACCACCUCUUUUGUCGUUUGCCUACACGGAGAAUGAAUUGAAAUUAUUUCGUCUUAUUGUCGAAUGGCAUUUAGCUCAAUGUAAUUUUAAAUCGAUACCAUCAACCGAUUGUCUAAUACGUUUUGAGGAUCUAAUUGAUUAUUCUUCCAAUAUUCGAAAAUUACGUGAUUCCAUGCCUUCUACAGCAGCGUACAACCAUCAUAAACAAACUCGUACGAUUCCAUUUGAAAUAUCCACUAUUAAUCAUACGUUACAUCAACAAAUGCAAUCAAAUUUAACUCUUGAUACACAUUUAGCAUUCAUUUCACCAAAUUCAAAAUUUGUUGAUUCAUCAUCUAUGCUUUUACAAAAGCCAUCAACAACAUCUACAUCUCCACAGUCAGCAGUUGCCGAAUUGUUACAUCGCCAACAAAAACAAAUGAAAACUUACCCAGUAUCUCCACCGAAUCUUCUAAAUUCAGAACUUUUACCGUUUCAAUCGGGUUAUCUACCAUCUAGUCUCCUAAUGCCACCAAAUUCUUAUCCAUUUCAUUUUCCAUCUCCGCGUGCUAGUCCUCGACAAUCAUCACUUAUUGCUCCAAAACCACAAACAAAUAGUAAAAAUAUUCAAGAUUUAUCAGCUCAUAAAACUCAUAGUUCUUGUAAACAACCACUACCACCACCACAACUCCAACGUCAUUCUCAGCAACCAAUACAAUAUCAACAGCAACAACAACAACAACAACAACAACAACAACAACAUUUAAUGAAACAACAAUCUUCAUUGAAAAACAGCGUAAAUUUGAGUAAAUUUGAGAAUAAGCCAUCAAGUGGCACCAUUCUUCAUCAAUAUGAAUCAUCCGAAAAGGCUCCAUUGACAAACACUCGCUCAUCAGAUGCGAAAGAAUCGGGCUGGGUACAGAUAAAUAAUGUUUUUGUUCCUUACAUUGUAAAAUUAAAAUUACGUGACAGUGAAAUAGAUCGAUCAACAAAACAACAGCAACUGCAGCGUGAGAUUUAUGUGCCGUAUGAAAUUUUAAUUAAAUGUCAUAUAUUAUCGGAUGAUGAAUUUUUAUUUAAAAAAUUUUUGAUCAGAGCUACUCCAUCGGAUUUCGAAAUAUUUAACCAAUUAAUAUCGAAUAUACACAUAUUUGAUGAAAAAGUAGCGGAAAAAACAUUAUUGGUAAAUCUUUAUCAUAUAAUGAUCGGUUUAAAUCGUAUAUUGUAUGUUAAAAUAUUAACAUCAAAACAGCCACGAACACAAGUAAAUAAAUCUCAUCAAGAUGUACUUAAACAUCGAGGUGGAACACUACGUAUAAAUGAUAAAUUAGUACCUUAUUUAAUACAGAACAAUCGUUAUUACGUACCACUACUAUAUACGUAUUCAACAAUCGCGAACGGUGUUAAUCUAGCGAAAAAAUUUGCCCGUGCACCAAGACAAUUUGAAAUUGAUUAUCUUAAUUUACUAUUUUUAUAUUUUUCAAUUGAUAAUACUGUAUUGACAGCCGACACAUUGCUUGUCGAUGCGUAUGAUAUCAAAGCGCCAAACAUACAAUUAAUAAAACAUUUUACAUUAAUUGAACAUCAACAACGUGAACGAAUGAACUUGAAUAAUACACUAAUGAAAUUAUCAUCAAAAAAAGUUCACAAAAAUCCAAAUCUGAAUACAAGCACUAUGAACAGUGUUAUUAAUCCACAUCCGAUGAACGUUAACGAAAGUUUUAUUAUUGUAGUGCCAGCAUCUUGUAAACAAUCAAAAUAUAGUCCGGCAAACGUUGUUGUCAAUCCGUUAAUUCAUACUGCCGCUUUCUACGGCUUAUCUGGUCCACCACCGCCACCGCCGCCAGUAGCUUCUUCCAAAUCAAUAUCUGCCAUUGAUAUGAACAAAUCUGGUGCUAAAAUGACAACAUCUUUAGGACCACCAAGCUCUUCCUCAUUGUCGAGUAAUUGUGCCACUAUUAAUCCGCCACUAAAUUCCGUGCAAAAUACUGUCGUUCUUAAUCCUGCUUUAAAUGCGUUACUACAACCGUAUACGAAACAACAUCAGACAGAUAUUCAUUCUAAUACAAAACUAACUAAAAUGAGUAACCCUUCUAAUCACAAACACAAUAAUUCAAUAAAACAUGAUACUAAUUAUCAUAAUUAUUCACACAAAACAUCUAGCAACGACGGCGUCAUUGUCAAUCCAUCGUUAGAAAAAUCAACAGACAAAUCGUCGAUUGUACAUCAUUUUAAUCAUUAUGCAACAGCUUCUCCACCACUAAUGCCACCAUGGGCAUUACCAAAUUUAAACUCUUUACCAUCUUAUACCACGUCACAAUCUGAAAAGAAGAACCCAAGUUCAAACAUUUUUCGAGCACAUCAAUUAGCUUUAACGAAAGAUAUUCUACAACAACAGCAUUCGUAUUAUCAGGAACAACGCUCAAAAUCAUCUAGUGUGCCAGCAUUACGUCCCCCACAGCCUCCGUUAUAUUUACGUCCAGAAAUUCGAUCAUUUCAAAUUCGUCGUCGACCAUUCUACGGCAUUGUGAAAAAUCCGGAAACUCCCAUUGGCGAAUGGAAAAUUCCGACAACGCAUAUUUUAAAUCAGUUUGCAUCGACUAUACCAAUUGAAACAUUUUUACAACUAUGUGAUAAUGAAUUUCAGAUUAAAUUAGUUCGAUUAGAUGAUGAUGAAAAGAGUUUAGUUUCUCAUCAUGUUGGACGUUGUAGUGCUGAUGAAUAUUUUAUCUAUCAUCGUGAUUUAGAACGUUGUAUCGAGCAAUUACUCACCUAUAAACAAAUUCUACUAUCGUUAUCAACUGCUAACUAUCCAUCAUUUCCUCUUCAUUCGCCAGAAAUGCCAGUUCAUGAGAAUCAACGACACGUAGAUGCGACAUUGUUAUCGCCUAGUCUAACUCAAGAGAAUACAGUAUCACAAACACAAAAAGUGCAACCAGCAGCACGAAAACGAAAAGCAACAGUACCAGUAACAAGACUGCCAUCGAAUGUAUUAGAUGAAAAGUCUCAACAACAACAGCAGGUGACCGUCUCAAAUUUGAACAGUAUCAAAUCAUCAAUUAUCUCAGAUCAAUCGACUAGUCCACAACCACAUGUAGAAAUGUUGGAACAAGUAUCAUUGCCAUCGAUGAUCUCCACUAAUGAAGAACUUGAUUCUCAAUUAUAUGAUGAAAUGAUCGAACGAUCGUCUCUCGAUAUUCCUGCCGUAGCAACAAGUCAGAAUGAACCAAAUUUAUAUCUAACAACACCGAUCUCUGAUUCGACCGGUACACCAAAUUUAUUCGAUGCACUCUCAUCAUCGCCAAUUAAAUCAAUUUCAAUUACUCCCGAUGAUGAAUAUCCAGCGCAAUUUAGUAUUGAAACUAUUUCAAAAAAUCAUAUAAGUGAUACAAUCCCAUCGUGUUCGUCCGGUUAUGAAUCGUCAGGAUUUGGUGGGAGAAGUACAGCUCAAUCAACAGAUGAAAAAUCACCACCAGCAAUUGUCACAAUCUCACAUUUAGAUGAACAAUCUAUGAAUAAUACAAAUAGCAAAGAUACGAAUGACACUGAUGGUGACUCAUGUCGAUCGAGAGCACAAUCUUAUGUUUCAACAGAGUUAUCGUUUAAGGAAAAAGAAGACGAUGAACUACUACCAAUUACUAAAGAUCAAGAUAAUUCAUUAUCGAAUGACUAUCAUCCACCACAUUCCCCUCUUCUACAAUCGGCUGCCGAUCGUCGACGUCUUCGACAAUUAUCAUGUUCAUCACCUCCUAAAAAGUUUCAACGCUCUAAUUGGGGUGAACCGGUUGAAAUAUGUAGUAAACAAAUAGAAAAAUCUUUGAGAACAUUGAAUGUAAAUGGUGGUAAUAUAUCGAUAAAUGAAACAAAUGAAACAUCACAGAGAAAAAUUUCUUCUCGCAAAAAACGACGACGUGGUAGGCCACCAAAAAAGACACGAGUACAAAGCUCAAUUUCGGAUAUUACAAAGCAAACUGUGUCUAUUCCUCCAUUUUUGCCUUGUUCUGAAGAUACUCUUGAUCACGAUCGCGGUGACAGAUCAAACGAUAGUAAAACAACAUUAACAACAGGUAAUUCUCAAUCUCUUGAUCUAUGCACUGAUUCGAAUACGAGUGAAAUACCUGAUGAGAUAUUUACAAAUUUUAAAUGUGGAAAACGACCGAGAACGAGAACUGUUUCACAUGAAGAUGAUAAUGAUGAUGAUGAUGAGUUAGAUAGAAUUGUUGUACAAAUGGAGGAAGAUGUUGAUGAUGAUGAUAAUGAUAACAAUCAUCAAAUACAAUCCAAUAGUUCUGAUUCAAAUUUAUUUGAAAUGUUUGAUAAUAAAACAACUGAUACAACCGAACAACAGGAUAAAUCAACGUCAUUAUCAAUGAAGAAUGCUAACAAUAAUUCUGUUAUUAUACCUUCACAACAAGACAUUCCGGCAAUUGAUUGUACAUAUAAAAUUCAAUGUAAUCCGGAUCGAUUAUCACUGACGUUGAGAAGAAUUCAAAAAUAA